UAUUGCUCGACUCCUCCCAUAGCAACCACUCAUGCAAACCAGCAGAGGCUCUGGAGUGGAGCAGACAGAAGCGCACGUGAAAUCUCUCCAAUACACACACACACACACACACACACACACACACACUGCCGCCAAAUGCGCAUCCGUGAGCCGGGAUAGAGAGAUCCGCGAGCCUCCGCCAUGGACGAUAGAUUCCACCGGGCGGCUCGGGACGGGCACCUGCUGCUGCUGAAAGAAGCGACGCGCAAACACUUGAACGCGCCGGAUGAGGAUGGCAUGACGCCGACGCUUUGGGCCGCGCAGCACGGCAACGUGGACGCGCUCAGGCUCAUAGUGGGACGAGGAGGUGAUCCAGAUAAAUGUGAUAUUUGGGGAAACACUCCUCUUCAUCUGGCAGCAGCAAACGGUCACCUGAGCUGUCUGUCCUUUCUGGUGUCAUUCGGCGCAAAUGUUUGGUGUCUGGACAAUGAUUACCACACACCGCUGGACAUGGCGGCCUCCAGGAGCCACAUGGACUGUGUUCGAUAUCUGGACUCGAUCGCCGCCAAACAAAUCACCAUUAAUCCUAAGUUGGUGAGCAAACUGAAGGAGCGAGGCUUUCGCAAUGCAGAGAAGCGCAUCAGGAACUGUGAGAAACUACAGCGCAAGCAUCACCAGCGCAUGGAGAGACAUUUCAUGAGGGAAAGUGCUGCAUUGGAUACGUCGGAUACCAUGAGUUACAGCAGCUUCAGCAGCACGUUGAGUCGACGGAUGCCUCAGUUUAACACGCUUGACUCUAUGACAUACUCACAGGCAACGCUUCAGUCCACGGCUAGAGGCCGGACAAAGAUUCAGCGGAAACUUGAGAAGAAGAAGCAAGUUGAAGGAACGUUCAAGAUUUCUGAAGACGGGCGAAAGAGUGUUCGUUCCCUCUCUGGUCUUCAACUAGGAAAUGAUGUGAUGUUUUUGAAGCAGGGAACAUUUGUGGACAGACGCCAUCAGUCCAGCCCUCGACUCAACAUCCGCAACAUGUUUUCUGGUAAAUCGGACAUCAGGCUGGAGGAUGUAGAUGAUGAGGAAGACACUGUGUCCAGAGCGCUCAGUGAUCCGGGUCUAUAUGAGGCUGCUUACUCUGAAAUCAGCACAGAUUCAGGACGAGACUCUUUAUUCAACCGCCCGGGACUCGGGACGAUGGUUUUCCGUAGGAAUUAUGCGACUGAUGGGGUUUUCCGGACAGGACGGGGUGAGGGCAGUGUGGCAGGGAGUGAACCGGUGGGACGGGCCCCGAACAUCCACUUACGGGGUCGACUGCCGCUUCGGUCACCCAGUCUGGAUGAAGUCAGCAUUGGCAGCUCUCUGAGCCUCCAGGAGAAGAACUUGCAGGAUUUGCCAUGGGAGGAAGGAGACCUGGGUCUGGAGGAGGAGGACGAUGAGCUUCAGCCUUCAUCUGCUCCUCUGGAAGUGUUUCUGGCGUCUCAGGGACUCAGUGAUUACGUCUCCAUCUUCCAGCGAGAGCAGAUGGAUCUGGAGGCGUUACUCUUGUGCUCGGAGCAGGACCUCAUCAGCAUCCACAUCCCACUCGGACCACGCAAAAAACUCCUGGAUGCGUGCAGGAGACGCAACAGUGUUAUGGAGGAAGCUGAGGGCAUGCUGGACACCACGCUGUGAAAGAAUACAAUCCCUGUUUUUUCCCCACACCUCCUUGGUCCCCUCCUUUCUCCUUGCGCAAUGAAACAAACAGAUUUGUUUCCUACAGCGCUGCCUUCAUAAGCAGAAGAUGUUCAAAUGUGUGAGUACAUGGUGCGAUGUUUUA